GCAUAAACAGGAACUCUGAUUCGUGCCACGCAAACUAAUAGCGAGAUUGGUUUGGGAUACUGAUAUUUCAGUACUAUAGAUCUGAUCAUCAGGGUUAUCCGAAGAACUUCCAAAAAAGCGUUUCGCCAAUCGGCGGGGAAAGGCUCUUUACAAGACCAGUUGGAUGACAUCCUUAUUUAUCAAGAGUUUUUAAUCAGAUAUCUACUUUGCAAUCAGAGUUCUUUUUAACACUGAGAUAAAUCCACAACACUGCCUGUCCAGAACAACGCAGUAUGGCGUGGAUAGGCGCCGUGUGGCUUCUAGCCGCAUUAUUCUUUGACCCGGCCAUGGGGAAAAAUACCCGUGUGUGUCAGGAUGAAAUGCUGACAAUUGACUGCCAAGGAAACUAUAUCAAUAUACACGGUGCUCUAUGGGGUAGGAUGGACGAUACCGUGUGCAAGGAUGCUUCGGCAAUAAUCAGUGAAACAGAGUUCCAGCAUUGCAAGGCUGACAUCUCUUGGUUUGCAGUGUCCUUCCAUUGCCAGGGACAGAAAAUGUGCAAACUUCCGGUCAGGAACUCGACCUUCUUUGGGGUCGACCCUUGCCCAGGAACGCGCAAAUACCUCGAGGUCAGUUACGAGUGCAUGGAUACGGAGCAGAAAUGUGAAUUCAGAAACUUUGAGCCGAGCCAGCUGAGGACAUCGUACGCAUGUCGGGACGAAUUGCUCUACCCCUCGUGCCCAGAGGGGCAAGUCAUACACCCUCUGGAGGCCAACUAUGGUAGGAUGGGUACCGAUGUGUGCCCCACCGAUCAGAUUAAUUAUGAUGACGUCAAUUGCCGGUCUCCGCCCACAUUUCAAAGGGUUUGUUUAGACUGCCGAGGAAAACAGGAGUGCAAGAUAGACUCUAGAUUGUUUGAAGAUAAUUGUGUGAACACCGAUAAAUACAUCAGCUUCCAGUAUGAGUGCGUGACACCGGGUGGCCAAAUUGUCAAGCAAAUAGAUCCCGUAGAUGGCGAAGUGUACAUACCCCCACUUCGAGAACCAGAAGCCCCCAAGCCAGACCCUGACCCAAGUGAAUUUGAGGCACCGGGAGGUGAGAUCGAGCAACCGGAUAACCCCGUUGGUGAUACACAAGUUUAUCAGCCUCCUGAAAGAGGGGACGCUGACGUCGAAGCGCCACCUACUCGCCCACGACCAGCCCCGACUACCACACCGGCUCCUGCAAAUCCAGUUGGAGGUUUCAAACAAGAAGUGGCACCCCCUCCCGGGGGUAGCUUCAACACAGGCGGGCAAUCCCCUCCAUCUCCGGACAUUGUUGGAGGUAUCAAACAAGAAGUCCCAUCCGCUGGUGGCGGUACAUUUAAUACUGGUCCAGAAACCCCUGAAUCUUCAGAUAUUGGAAAUGCAGAUGUAGGAGAAACCCCACCACAGCGCCCUCGUCCUCAGCCGGAGACCCCAGUUGGAGGUUUCAAGCAAGAAGUUCCACCACCUGCCGGUGGUACCUUUAACACCGGCCAACAACAACCCGUUGGAGGUUUCAAACAAGAAGUUCCACCACCUUCCGGUGGUAGCUUUAACACCGGUCAACAACAACCCGUUCCCGGAGGAAGUUUCAACCAGAAAGUUCCAUCAUCUUCCGGAGGUACCUUUAAUACUGGUCAAGAAACCCCCCAAAGCCCACCAGAAAUUGGGGAUGCAGAGGUCACCCAAGAAGAACGUACUCGUGAACGACCAGCUCCUGCAGGAGGCUUUGAUCAGAACGUACCUUCCGUUUCCGGGGGUAGCUUUAAUACCGGUCAAUCUCCAAACACACAAGAAACUGGCGACUCUGACGUAGCCAGUCCACCUACUCGAGGUAGUUCAUCAGGUAACUUUCUGUUUAACUUUUAUUGUCAGUUACCGAGAGGAGUACUGAUCCGGACUGAAAAUAAUUAUUUUUGA